AGAUUACUUCAACUAGCCUGUACCCCUGCACACUGACUUGGUACCAGUGCCACUUGUACAGAGCCUCGUUAUUGUUAUUGUUAUUGUUAUUGUUAUUGUGUUACUUUAUAUUUUAGUCUAUCCCUGUAAAUAUGUUCUUCUUCUUGAACUGCACUGUUGGUUAAGGGCUUGUAAGUUUCACGGUAAAGUCUACACUUGUUCAAUUCGGCGCAUGUGACAAAUAAAGUUUGAUUUGAUUGAAGAGGUUCAUGGGUCAUUGAUAAUGAAGGCACCAAUAUUAUAUCCAAGGUUCAUCCCAAGUUUGCUCUGUGAAUGUGAGUGAUUAGGUUAUGGUUAAAACCUACUUAAUGCUCUGAGUGAUGAUGAGGGUUAGCUGGAGUGCCAGAACGCUGGCCUUGCCUCUUGCCUGCAUGGGCAUUAAAAGGGCUGUUGACUGAUGUGUGUGACGAUAAAAAACUGCCACAACAUCCUUUUCCGAACACCAACUUGAGCCCCUUUAUGUGGCAUUUUAGGCCUGCUUUUCAUUAGCGUUCAACAGCCUCUUUAACCCAGCAGCUGAAUCAGUCAAGUUCCUGCAUGGUGGGAAAUGGGAACCUGGUGGACAAGGGAAAGCCUUUUCCAAAGCUAAAGAGCCUUAUUACCAGGUUUAAAUGAGCUCCAUUACUAAUGUUUAGGAUAUUUCCCAGACAGCUAUUGAGCCUCUGUUCUUUAAUAAUGACUUUUCUGAACUCUUUGGAGCUCAACCUUCAAGAGUUACAUCCUCCAUUGCAUUUCACCUUCUAAUGUGACCUCUCCUGUGCUUACGCACUCCCUCAAGCCUGAUGAUAUCAGUGGGUUUAAAGUACUUUGGGUUUAUCCUAAUAGUCCAAUGUUAUGACUGAUGGGGGAAUCAAGUAUCCCAUCUCCUGUAUGCGUUCAGGGUAAUAUUGGCUGCAGUUGAAAAGUACUGCAGUCUGUUUCCUGAAAACCACAAACACAAUCCUAUUUGAUUAAUCCCUUGGGUACCUGGGGAGAGGCAGCUGUUUAUCUUGCAAUUACCCCUAAAUUAAUCUGUCCAGAAGAGUUUUAAAUGCAGCACUUACAGAUGCAAUUCACAAAUGCUCUGCACAGUAUUUGCAAUCUGCUCAUGUUCAUGUGAGGUGCUGAAGGCUAGCUGUGAUGGAAUGCACUAGCAUCUUUAGGUGCAAUGCACCACAGUUCAACUAAUCAUAGCCACAAUGCAAUUCAACUGUAUUAUUCUACUUGUUGGCCUUUAACAGUGAGAAGACAGAACAUGAAGGUUCGCAUCAACGCUACGGGCGACACCAUCGUGAUGAAGUUUGUCCGGCCCAACCCUGACACCAAGCUGGAGGGUUACAUCCUGGGCUACGGCAGCAGCAUGUUCUCUAAACAGUUCAUCCAGCUGCCUGAGAAUGGAGAGCCCUACGAGACUGAGAUAGACGCUGAACCCAAGUAUCUUGUUGCUGUCCAGCCAAUCCCGAGCAACGACGUAAAGAAACAAUGCACAGGAAAGGUCUACCUGGAGAAGCCACUCCACCUGGUUAUUGGCUCCGUCACCCCAACCUCUGUGCUGCUGUCCUGGGGAACCUUCCUGAAGACGCCCUACGAAGCAGGCAACAUCAUGAACGACUGUUUGGAAGACGGACACUACACCGUUCGCUAUAGGGAGAGGAACAGGAAGUGGAUCUACCAGACCUGCCCCACCAGCGACACUGUUAUUGACAACCUGAAGCCCAACACCCCAUAUGAGUUUGGGGUCCGCUCCAACAAAGACGAACGCAGCGGAAUCUGGAGCAAGCCUGUCAUUCACAAAACCAACAUGGGCGCAGGGUUGGACAAAAGCAUCCAGAAACCCUACAAGCACCGGACCCCUAUUGUGAAGCCAAUGAAACCACCCAUGUCCCGUGCACUUUUCCCACCUCGUCCAGCUAUUCACAAUAGGACUCAGCCUAGACUCUCUCUGACCAAAAACCAAGCUUUCCCAGGAGCUCCCAAGACAUCUUUUGCACCACCAGAGAGCCACCUGGAAGCUAGACCUGACCCCCGCUCCAAUGAGCCUCAAUGGCCACAGUUCCCACUGGACGGAGGAAACAGUAUUAGAAAUGCUUCCUCUCAUCUCGUGGACCUCCCUCCUGCCCCCCCCCAACUCCUGCCCACCAAAACCCUCAGUACCUCCUCUGCCACCCCUGUCCUUAACAACCCCUCUCCACAUGGUGAAAAGCAACAGGGACAGACCCAACCCAGGGGACCUACUAGCGCCACAGAGAAGCCACAUAACCCUUCCUCUGCUCUCAGCGAAUCACAGAAAGGAGCAUCACUGCUAACCCCCGCCCUGGGCAGUGAGAAAGCCAAUAAUAACAACUUGGGUCAAGGCAGCCAGAGAAAUUUGAAACCCCUUGGCCCGGCCAUCACACUGAUAGCAAGGACCAUGAAGUCUUCUGCUGCCACAAACCCUCUCUUUCCCUUCACUGAUGGCUCAAGACAAGAUACCCCAUCCUCCUCCUCCUCUUCUUCCUCCUCCUCCUCCUCAUCCCUUCUUCACAGGGCUAAUAACUCAUCACAGACCUCCAGGACACCAGGGGGUCAAGGCAGCCAGAGAAAUUUGAAACCCCUUGGCCCGGCCAUCAAACUGAUAGGCAGGACCAUGAAGUCUCCUGCUGCCACAAACCCUCUCUUUCCCUUCACUGAUGGCUCAAGACAAGAUACCCCAUCCUCCUCCUCCUCUUCUUCCUCAUCCCUUCUUCGUAGGGCUAAUAACUCAUCACAGACCUCCAGGACACCAGGGGCCAAUGGUAAGCAUCACAAAGGAACCGGCCUUCCCAAACCAGUGGUUUGGAACAGACUGAGAAUGGCAAACACAAACAACUCGCUGUUGGAGGACAUAAACCCUGAUGUUUCGGGCCGUUCAGGCUUCUCUUCCAUUGAGGACCAGUUCUAUGGAUCUCGUCCGUCCAUUCCUGUCAACAAAAAGACCAACCUGUUUGGCAAACCUGGUGAUAUGAACAAGCUGAAUGUCUUGAAGCAAACGGACAAGGCCUCCAUUUUGAAGAAGUUUCCAUCAGUGACGGCUAAACCUGCCAAGCAAGACCGCAGACACACAACAACGACUACACCAUCAGUCAACGACAUCUGGUUUGAAACCUGGGAAAACUCCUCAUUAUUCAGCUCCCUACCAGCCUCUGAUGUGGACGCAUUGGGAAAGAAACGUUUCGUUGCACCCCAUGUAGUCUACAAGACGGACAAGAAACCAGACGAGCCGUGUUCCAUCACAACCUCUCUCAGCUACUUCCCAGAGGAGGAAGGCGGGGAGACAAACGUGACAGCCCCGCCCAAGUCUCCGCCCUCCAACCUCACCGUGGUAACGGUGGAGGGAUGCCCCUCCUUCAUCAUUCUAGACUGGGAAAAGACCGACAAUGACACCACAGAAUAUGAGGUAAUCUCCACGACGAAGGGACCAGAUGGUACUCAGGUCUCCAUCCUGACCACCAACCAGACUCACACUGCAGUGGAGAACCUCAAACCCGAGAGCAGCUACGAGUUCAAGGUGAAACCCAAGAACGAGCGUGGAGAGGGGCCACCCAGUGAGCCUGUGUCCUUCAACACUGAAUCAGCGGACCCACGUGUGAGUGAGAAUGUCUCAGGAAAAGAUGCCAUCUGGACCCAGUUCCCCUUCAAGACAGACUCAUACUCAGAGUGCAAUGGCAAGCAGUACGUGAAGAGGACCUGGUACCGCAAGUUUGUGGGCAUCCAGCUCUGCAACUCCCUCCGAUACAAGAUAUAUCUGAGUGAUUCUCUCAACGGUAAAUUUUACAACAUUGGGGACCAGACUGGCCAUGGUGAGGACCAUUGUCAGUUUGUAGACUCGUUCCUCGAUGGAAGGACAGGAAACCAAGUCAGGGCUGACCAGCUGCCAGCAAGAGAAGGGUAUUACAGGGCUGUGAGACAAGAGCCUGUCAACUUUGGUCAGAUAGGAGGGAACUCUCACGUCACCUACGUGCCAUGGUACGAGUGUGGAACAGCCAUUCCUGGCAAAUGGUAGGACCCCCCAAAGCUGUCUGUGGAGAAGCCCGAAGGAUAUACAGUACAUAUCAAACCGGCUGGGAAGGUGGCAGGAGGGGUCCUUCUACGCAUCCAAUCAGUCUCUGGAUGCUACAUAUCCCCCAUCCAUCCGCCUCCGAACCCCAGCCAUGUAAAAACGUGUACAGGAUCUCCGUGUCAGGUUAAUAUAAUGUCCAUAUGUAAUAGCCUUCUCUUAUUUAUCAAACAUGACAAAAAGGCAAACGGAUAAAUAGAACAUAGUAUGAGAUAGAUGGAGAAACUUCUAACUAACAGUGUGAGGUAUCAAACAUACAGUAGAUAUCUUUUUUUUUUUAUAAUGGGAAGCUGGCUCCCUGAAACUUAUUUUGAUAACGUGUAUAAUAUUAUUUAUCAAAGUGUUUGAUGCCAUGUUCCGAGUUCUAGGAAAUGGGUUAUAAUGCAACGCUUUUGCUGUACAGUACGAGUUGUAAAGUUUCAGACAACCUGCCGGAAUUUCAUGGUUUCAUUCAGUGACCGAUUCAUGGUGCAAGAAUUGUUCCAUAAUUUGGUCAGUCUUAGGGCUCUAUUCAAUCCGUAUCGCUGAACCUCAGCAUUGCGGCGCGAUGGAAAUUUAAAGGCAAUAUUCCCGAGUUAGCGGAGACUGCAUUCAUGGUAAACGCUGCAUAUGUCGGCUCAAUGGGAAAUGACCUUUACAUUUUCAUCACGCAAUCUGUAAAGCUUCAGCGAAACAAAUUGAAUCCAGCCCUAGUUCAAUAUACACCUUCAGAGAAGAUAAUGCUGUAUAUAUUAACAUGAAGUCCACUCUCACACAUAUCCACUAACCAGUGGAGGCUGCUGAGGGGAGGACGGCUCAUAAUAAUGGCUGGAACGGAGUAAAUAGAAUGACAUUAAACAUAUGGAAACCAUGUAUUUGUUGUAUUUGAUAACAUUCCACUAAUUCCGCUCCAGUCAUUACCAUGAGCCCGUCCUCCCCAAUUAAGGUGCCACCAACCUCCUGUGCCAGUAAAGUUCAUUGUAUGAAUGUUGACCGAGCAAUGGCACAUGGUGCACCUGCAUCUUCCCCUCGCAGUCACCUAAAACCAAAAACAAGCAUUGGAAAAUAAGCACAUGCAGAGGACGUCUUGUACCAAACCAAUAUUUCUCCUUCAUUAGCCCUGAUAUAUGGGGUGGCUAUGCAUGGGAGGUCUUUACACUUGCAAUUUGCACAGCAUAAAUGUAUUUAUAUGUAUAUGGAGAGAAAGUAUUUUUUCAACUAACUUUUUCAAAAGACACGUCCCUUAAAGCGAACGUUCACACUUCACAGUGUUCCACUGGCAACAUUUUACAGCCUCUGAUACAACACGUUGUAUAUAUAUCAUGUUGGAAAAUAAGAGGGAUAUCUUAUCUUCUUAGUAGCCUUGAUAAAUGGUACAGAGAGGAGUCCUGUUGAAUGAUUUCUUAGUUUUGUACAAAAAUACACUUUUGGCUCAAUGCGCUUGCAGAUCAGUGUUUUUAUACUUAUUUUUUAUGGAAAAUGUUUGUCAUAUGGAACUGUACUCUUGUUUUUUUAAACAUACUUUCAUUCCUGUAUCUAUUUUCAAUAAUAAAAACAGAAGGUCUGUUACUUUUUUAUUUA